AUUAGUUUUAAUUUAGUUAUUCAGUUGUAGUUUCAAGGUUUAGGUAUGGCGUCUUUGCAAGCUGUGCGGCAAAUAGUGAAGUCAAUGAAACAUACACCGAUAUUUGAGAAGUGUUUGCAACAUAUACAUGUAGUAUCUGCUGGUGAUGGGAAAAUCAAAUGUACAAUGCCAGUUAUGGAGGAACAUUUAAAUAUGAAUAAAACCAUGCACGGCGGGCUAACAGCCACUUUGGUUGAUUCUGUGUCAUCGUGGGCGUUUGCUACGACCAAAGAAGCAAAGUUCGGCGUUUCUAUCGAUAUUAAUGUGACUUAUCUAACUGCAGCUAAACAAGGCGAAACGAUAACCAUCACGUCCGAAGUUUUAAAACAAGGUCGCACAAUCGGAUUCGCGAACGUUGAUAUUCAUAAUGAGGCCGGCAACCUUGUCGCGACAGGACGUCACACAAAGUUUAUGGCUUCUGCAGCAUAUUAGUGUUGCCAGAUAUAUUUCAACAUAAAGAAGUGUUUCCAGUGUUCCCAGACAUUCCUUAAUUGUGCCUUUAUAUAUUUAUCUCUAUCUUUAGUUUCACUGGUAUUUGAUUGAUUGCUACAAAUUAGUAGUUAGUAGUUUGUCACCCAAAUAGUAUUUUAACCGAAAUACUCAAGAAACGAACCCAAAUAGUACAACUUAAAUGCAAAAAAGUUUAUUUAAAAAAUUUCCUUUAUAUUUCUGUUCUUUACAUGUUAUGCAAAUUGUUAAAGUAUGAAUUUAUGCACGAUAUUGCGCAAUAACCAUAGAAAUCUUUGUUAUUUUGUACCUGUUUGUUUAUUUUAAUGUUUAUUGUCUUGAGAAAACUAGAAUUUUUAGAUGAAUUGUAACCAAAUAUCAAUUAUCAGGCAUAUGUAUUUGAUACCAGAAUACUUUUAUUUAAUAUUUGUAUACAAAUUUUCAGGGUUUUUCACUCAAACAAUUGUAUAACAUCUUAAUACUUGUUUGUGUUUUGUUAUAAGUUUAUUGGGGUAGUUGCUAACUUUGGCUUGAAUCACUAUAACACCUCACCCAUAUACAGUACAAUUACAAUUAUAAUCUGUCUUGUAUAUAAUAACUUAAUAGGUAUUUAUUUCCA